GGAAGGGAGAGGGGGGUUGAGAGCUGUCCCCGGAAAGAUGAAACUUCUCCAAUUUCUGCCUCCACCGGUUUAAGGGUUGGAGCUCAGAUCUGCCAGAACUGUUACGCCGUGAGGAGCCCACCUCCAGCACCCAGGCCCCUGUUCUCUUGUUUCAGAACUCCUCACCUCAUGACGACCCUCCUGCUCCUGGCAGGGCUCCUGCGGGCCGCCGCCGCCGCCACCAUCUCCUGCUACGGAGACGCUGGACAGCCUGUGGACUGGUUCGUGACCUACAAGCAACCAGUCCUGCCUGAUUCCUUGAAAGGACUCAACUACAUGUACCUAGAUGGGAACAGUGGGGGCUGGCAAGAGGGGGCCGCCUCCAUUGACAGCACCCAGGGGGCUGUGGGACGGACCAUGAAUCAGCUGUACCAAGGCAACUUGAGUGAGCUGGCUUACCUACUGUACAAUGACCAGCCACCCUCAGGUAGUGGAGGCCCUGACACCAGGUACCGAGGACACACCAAGGGUGUGCUUCUUCUGAACAGAGAUAGUGGCAUCUGGCUGGUCCACAGUGUCCCUCACUUCCCACCACCUGCUAACUCAUCCUAUAGCUGGCCCCAAACUGCCCAGACCUAUGGACAGACCCUACUCUGUGUCACUUUCACCUAUAGCCAGUUCCAAGACAUUGGCAAACAGCUGACCUACACCUAUCCCCAGGUAUAUGACUACAGGCUAGAAGGAACCUUUGCCCAGGAACUGCUAGAACUAAAACAUGCUGCUGAAGGUCACCAUGUGGGCCAGCGCCCCUGGAAUCGAAGUGUCGCCCUCACCUCAAGAGCCGGGGUUGUCUUCCACAGCUUUGCCAAGUUUAAUGACUUCCAAGAUGACCUAUAUUCUGGCUGGCUGACUGCAGCUCUGGGCAGUGACCUGUUUGUCCAGUUCUGGCCCAGAACAAGUAAAAUGCUGUCCUCCAACUGUUCUGGCCCCUUCCGUGUGUUAAAUGUGCUGGAGCUGGCCUUCCCUGACUCAACCAUGCCUCCCUUCAGUGCCACCCAUGACCAUGCCAAGUGGUGUGUGGCACUCAACAGCACCUGGACCUGCAUAGGGGACCUGAACCGCAACUAUGCAGAGGAGCAUCGUGGCGGGGGUACUCUCUGCUCCCAAAUGCCUGCCCUGUGGAAAGCCUUCCAGCCACUGGUGAGAAAAUUUGAGCCCUGUCCAUCUCUAAGGUCUGAGGUCAAGGGUCAUUGAGGGCAGAGGACAGGGAGAACUCUGGCCCAACUCCUCACAGGGUAGUCUACCUACUCAUACUCCCAGGGGAGACUAGAGUAACUGGGAGUCUCCUUGAAAUGUGUGAUCUGUCCUCUGCGCCAUAAGAGCAUGUCUCACACUCUUCAUCUUGUGCCACACUUUUCCUGUGCCUGAAUUGCCCUCCCUGUCCAACUCUUCCCUUAGUGAAUUCUUAUCCUUUGUUUUGGAGGCAAUCAGGGUUAAGUGACUUGCCCAAGGUCACACAGAUAGUAAGUGUCUGAGGAUGGAUUUGAAGUCCUUCUGACUUCAGGGCCAGUACUCUAGCCACUGCACCACCUAGCUGGCCUGCUGCCCUUUCUUCAAAACCCAACUCAAAAGCUGCUUCCUUUAGGAAGUCUUCCUAGAUUGCCUCCUCCUCACUAACAAAGGCCUUCCCUCUUUGAUCUCACCAUUGUUCUCACCUCUAUAAUGCACUUUCUACCAUAUUGUAGUUGCCUCCUUAUGACAUGGGGAUGACCCUGGACUCUUAAAAGAUAUGAGCUCAAGCUUGAAUGGGUUGUGCUGAGCUAGAAGGACUCAGAGUGACACUCCCUCCCCCACCCCCAAACCAUUCAGUAAACUCCAGGAGCUCCCUAUCACCUCCAGCAUCAAAUACAAAAUUCUCCACUGAGCCCUUCAUAACCUGGCCCUGUCCAACCUUUCCAGCCUCCUUACCCCUUACUCCCUUCUGUGUGUGCAGAUGUCCACUGACUCUGGCCUCCUUACCAUUCCUCCAACAAGGCCCUCCAUCUCCUGACUCCAAGUGUUUUCACUGGCUACCACCCAAGACCAGUAUUCUCUCCCUCUUCAUCUCUGCCUCCUGGCUUUCCUGGCUUCUAUAAAGUCCCAGUUAAAAUUCUACCUUCUACAGGAAGCCUUUCCUGAUCGCCCUUAAUUCUAGUGCCUUUCCUCUGUUGAUCAAUCUCAUCUUAGCCUGUUUGAACAGCUUAUCUCCCUAUUAGACUGUGAGCUUCUUGAGGGCAGGCACUGGGUUUUUUUGAGGCUUUUUUUUUUACCUUUUCCUAUAUCCCCAGUAUUUAGCACAGUACCUGGGAGAUAAUAGGUGCUUAAUAAAUGCUUCCUGAACUACUGAGUAGGGGUCCAGUGAUGGACAACUCUUGCUUUCCAAGGACCUAUUUUCAUGUUAAUCUGGUGGUGGUUCAGGCUUGGGGUUGGAACAAAAUGAUAUAUUUAAAUAAAUUGAGACAAAAAAUAAAAUGAGACAUGUAAACAAAA